AUGCAACCAUUUGAUGUGGGAGAUAGAUGUGAAAUUGAUACAGUUCAGAUGGUUGUAGAAGAAAUGAACAUAUUGACUACGGUAUUUCUAAGAUACGAUAAUCUAAAGAUAACGAUCCCUAAUAGUGUCCUUGCUACUAAGGCUACACAAAAUUCUACCAUAGUCCUGACGUGGGAGACAGGAUUGAAUUAUGUAUCCAAAUAG